AUUUAAAGCUAGAAAAAAGGUACAGUAUAGCUUCUCAAGAAGAACACUCUCCUACUUCUAUAUAUAAUAUAAUUAGCUGAUUUGAAUUUUUGACCAUUGUCAUCAACUUCUUCAUAAUGCCCGCUCCCACUGCUAACACCACCACACGGCGAUUAACCCCAGUCAAAUGCAUAGCCCUCAUACUCUUAACCAUUAUUGUAAUUGUGGGGAUAACAAUACUGAUCAUUUGGCUAUCAGUGAAACCACGCCGACCCAUUUACACAAUUGAAAAUGCUUCACUUCACAACUACAACAUGACCAAAAACGACCAUUUGUAUGGGAACUUCAACUUCACGUUAAAAGCGUACAAUCCUAAUAGCAGGGUUUCCAUAUAUUACGACAGCAUUGAAGUGAAGCUUUACUACAACUCUGAACAGAUUGCAUUUAACAAUGCACAACCAUUUUUUCAGCCUCGUCGUAACGUGACUUAUUUGGACCUUUACCUUUCGGCAAAAGACGUAGUGCUAUACGGCGACGUGGCUCGUAAUUUGAAGACGGAGAGGACGACAGGAGCCGUGGAUGUGGAGAUUAAAGUUAGAGCUAAGAUAAAGUUUAAAGUGGGAAUUUGGAAAUUAAGACAUAGGAAGCUAAAGCUAUCAUGUAGCCCUAGGGUGCCUGUUUCUUCAACCAAGAGUUCCCAGACCUGCCCUUGUGGCGUGGAUCUCUAACAAGUUUCAUUCUUUUUUUUUUUUUUUUUGGAUUUGUUGCAUCAUGUCAAUUGUUUGUUAUUUUUUCUUUUCUUAUUCUAUGUCAUGAUUCUUUUUUUUUUUUUUUGAUGAAUUAUUGUAAUCUUUUUAUAUUUUGGCCUUUUUCCUUGAAAAUUUUCAUUUGUAUGUCAUAAGUGUAAUUGUUUGAAAUUCUUUCCAAUUAAUGUAGGCUAUUAUUGAAC